UUUUGACAAUUUUCUAUUAAUUUUGAAACAUACACAAUAGUGUGAGACGAUUUUUUUUCAAUUCAUUACGUAUUCAACAAAUGUGCGUGCGACUAAUUAAAAUCCUGUUCAGCCUAGUAAUGAUGCUGAAUAGUAUAAAUAAGCACGUUCAUUUCCUAGUAAAUCUUCUUUCUGUUAAACUCUUAAUCUCUUUGGUUUAACGUUAAUAUCUGGAAGUUCCUUAUCCUCUUCAUUUGCUUACCAGAGGAUGAACUCUGAAUACGUGUUCUGUAAGCAUGAUUUCAUUUUGUUCCUUACUUUCCUGUUGAAGCUAUAUUGAGGACUCUUUUAUCCAAUUACAAUGUUUGACACAAACCGCAUGUCUUUAUUGGGGACUACAAUUGUGAUUACUGAACUUCUUUCAUCACUGUCUGCAAAAAAAUGUAACAGGUUUAAUGGAACUUGUGGCUACAAUGAAUAUUUCGACUCUAGCGCUGGAAAAUGUUUAAUUUGCUCACAUGGAAGCUUUGGUAAAAAUUGUCAUUCAUCUUGUAAAAGAGGAUUCUACGGUCAUCUCUGUUCAAAACCAUGUGAAUGUGAGGCUCACAUUUGUAAUGAACAUACUGGCUGUAGGACUCGACAGAAUAAGACAUCACACGAGAAAGAUCACAUUUGGGUGGUAGUAAGCCUCAGUAUAUUGGUGCUCUUUGUAGUCAGCGUCAUUUGUGCAGUAAUUUACCUCCGACGGGGAAUAAAGCGGUAUUUGCAACGUUUAGCGAAUCUCUGUCUAGGUAGAGAUGCAAAAAAAUCACAAGGAUGCAACAUUGUUCAGCAACAAAAUUGCAUGGCAGAAGAAGUAGUUGCCAACAAGAAUAAUGUAUCUUCAGUUUACGAUGAAGUUCGUUUUUCUCAAUUGAAUCGUAAUAGUACUAAUCGUACGAGCCUUCAAUCAAGUGGAGAUAGAAAGAUUGGAAAUCCUGUUGACGGUAAAUUUCCACAUAUUGAGGGCGUUGGUAAUGCUAAAAAUGAAGUUGCAGACUAUAGUCGGCUAUUGCUGAAGAAAAAGCAGAGUACAUGCAUUUUGAUUGAUACAGUGAUUUCGGAGGAUGGAUAUGCUCUCUUACGAACAAAGGUAAAAAAGAUACGAAUGUAG